AUGUGCCCCAUUCUCUCCAGAGACCUUGUGGUUGAAGCUCUCUUCGCACCUUCCAAUGGACCGCCCCAGCUGCAUGAGGACUCACCUGCCAGAUACCAGACCUUCUCCUACAUAGCCAGGUAUCAGAAACACUUUCUGAUGGAGUUGCCCUGCCUCCCACUGUGCAGAGACAAAGAUGUGGAGUUUUGGACCUACUUCAAGAGGAGAGAGAUGCAGGAAAUCGUACCUAGAUUAUUUCUUGGUCCAUAUUCUUCUGCCUCGAAAAACAAGCUCCCUGAACUGCAGAAACUUGGAACAACCCAUGUCAUAUGCAUAAGGCAAAGCCUUGAAGCAAAGUUUAUACAGCCAAACUUUCCGCAAUUCUUGAAGUAUUUAGUCUUGGAUGUUGAAGAUAAUCCAGCUGAAAACAUAAUGGACUUUUUACCCGCAAGUAAAGAAUUUACUGAUGGAAGUUUGCAAGCAGGAGGAAAAGUAUUUGUCCAUGGAAACGCAGGAUUAUCCAGGAGCGCUGCCUUGGUUAUUGCAUACAGAAUGGAAACGUUUCGAAUGACAUUCAAUGAUGCUUUUCUCCACGUGAAAGGAAGAAGGUACUGUAUUUGUCCUAACGAUGGAUUUAUCCACCAGCUUCGGGAAUAUGAAGCCAUCAAUCUUGCAAAAUUAACUGCGCAGAUAUCACCACCGGAACAGGGAAGAUCUUUAUCUUUUCUAUCUGGUAAUAGUGGCAAUUUGAAGGGAAGGCACGAAGAAGAAGAAGAAUUUGGGAAUAAAAGAAUGACAGUUGAAUAG